AUGAUUCACUCUGUUGCAGCAGCAAUGAGCAACCAACUUCAAAACACCUCCUCCCUGAACACGGUAAGCAUGUGGAAUUUUCAGGAUGCCCGCAACUCGUCGCCGGUGCAAACCACAAACCUGCGGCCGCUUUUUGUGAGCCCCUGGGACAUUGCGCUGUGUGUGACCGGGACGCUUAUUUCCUGUGAGAACGCGAUCGUCAUCGCCAUCCUGUUCUACACACCGACGUUACGAGCCCCCAUGUUCGUCCUCAUAGGAAGUCUGGCUUUGGCGGACCUGCUGGGGGGCCUGGGCUUGAUCCUGAACUUUAUCUUCAUUUACAUGUUUAACACAGAGUUUGCAAUGCUGUUGUCGGUCGGGUUACUCAUUGCGGCAUUCUCCGCAUCCGUACUCAACAUCUUGGCCAUCACGGUGGACCGCUACCUGUCUCUUUACAACGCGCUGACCUACAACACAGAACGUACAUUGACUUUCACUUACCUGAUGGUGGUGCUCAUCUGGCUUGUUUGCAUCACUCUUGGCUUGCUACCUGUGCUCGGAUGGAACUGUCUCCAGGACGAAGCCCACUGCAGCAUCUGUCGCCCAGUCACAAAGAACAACGCUGUGGUGCUGGCAGUGACAUUCCUCCUUGUGUUUGCGCUGAUGAUGCAGCUUUAUCUGCAGAUCUGUAAGAUCGCCUUCCGUCACGCACAACAGAUUGCCGUGCAGCACCAGUUCAUGGCCAUCUCUACCACUAAAGGGGUGUCAACACUCUCUGCCAUUCUCUGCACUUUCGCUGCAUGCUGGAUGCCCUUCGCCAUGUAUUCAAUUGUAGCGGAUUCUAGCUACCCAAUGAUCUAUACGUACGCUACAGUGUUACCAGCGACGUGCAACUCCGUUAUAAACCCAAUCAUUUAUGCCUUCAGAAACCCAGACAUUCAGAAAUCCCUGUGGCUAGCCUGCUGUGGAUGCGUCCCGUCCAACUUCUCCCAACGGCCAAGGACAUCAAGUGACGUAUAGGUUAGAUCGCAUAAGAUUAUGAGCUACUAUUUAAGAGUCUACUGUGUAAGCGUGUACUACUUCACCUGCAGAGCGGGUAGAUCUCUGAUGGAAUUUUUUACUUAACUUAUUCGCAACAACAACAAAAAAAGAAAUUGUGAUGUAUAGUUCCCGGGAUUUAAAAUCUCAAACACAGCCCUUCACUAGAUGUAGGGAUCCGUGUCCACUGUAGUAUAAUGUAUAAGU